CGAGAAUGGACGCUAGUGGGAUAUUCGGGAAUGACUAUAUCACAAACAAGGAGACGAUGCUAGAUUUUGACGAGAAGAGUAUGGAUAGCAAAGUCAUACUGCCUACGCUUAGCAAUGGCGUGAAUAAAGAUAAACCAAAACUCGUGAAUCCAACAGAGGAGCAUGGAAAUGAAGAAGUGCUCAAACCACACCUCAAAGACCUCUUGAAAAUGAUGCUGGUAGCAAACGUCGAUUAGGAGUUCUCGUAUAUAUUAUAUACCGUUAUAUACCGUUAAUAUACAGUAGUUUAUACCUUUAUGAUACCCUAGCUCGUUACGAUUCCCCGCUUCUUGUCUGGAAUAUUUUCAUCAUCACAGCAAUGGAGCAAAGCCUUUGCGGUGUUUGUAUGUAAUCUGCGAUCAUAGAACUGUUCGAAAUGAUCUCAUAUGGAGUCCAUGUCUGAGUCUAGAUUAUGUGCCGUUGCUAUCAACAACAAAGAAAGAAGCCAAAUCGUUCAAGGCCCGAUAAUCAAUAAGACAGAAACUUUAUUUAUAUACGACAAUAGGGAAUAGAAUCACACGCUAUGAUGAAAAUUAUGAUGGCAUUCAAUCGAGCUGUCUCAGAACGGCAGUCCUGUGACUAGUGGAUAUAAAUUGGUGGUUCACUCUCUUUUUAACUUACACUCAACAGUCGAAAAGAACAAAGAACUUAAAAGAUGUCAGAACCAGCACGCCGCAACUUUAUUGAUGAAGCAAGAGCCACGAUGAAGCCAGACUCACAGAAGGGCUACCCAGAAGCUGCAUCAGAUAAACUAAAGGAAAUGUCAGAUAAUACUGCCUCAAAAGUACAACCUGAAGGCGACAAAUCAAUGACACAAUCUGCCCAUGACACCGUUAGCGGUGGCGCAGACAGUGAGAGACGCAGCUCUCUUAUGGACAAAUUGAAGGAUACAUUCUCAGCCCAGAAAUAAAAGCCUAAUCUAUGGAACGUUGUAAAUGAAAUGAAAUGAAUGUAUGCUUUUAAAAA